GUCAUACAGUGCUGGCUAGAGGUCUGCACCGCAAUCAGGAGGAAAGGUCGAACCCGCCGCCGCCGAAGGCAACAGAACAACAAAGCGGUAGAAACGAAUUCAAACCCAUAGAAAGAGUUGAAGAAGAAGAGGAAGAGGAGAAGAUAAUGGGCAGUGAGCCGAAGAACCCUAAAAAGAGGAAGCAGCAGCAGCAGCAGCAGCAGCUGCUGAAUCCCAACUGGGCUCAGCUCCGCCAAAAACUGAAAAUCCACGGUGCCAAACCCUCUUUCAAAUCUACGGAGCAAUCAGAAAGCGAAACCCCCAAAAGCGUACUGGGAAAACGCAAGGAGAGGCCUAGAGUGGAGUCGGAUGAUUCUCUGCCUAAUCCUCUCCAUCCAAGUUCCUCCGAUUGCAGUGUAACGGAUACAAUAGCCAUGGAUUGUGAAAUGGUUGGUGUGAGCUCUUUGGGAAAUAAAAGCGCUCUUGGACGAGUUACACUGGUUAACAAGUGGGGAAGUGUCAUAUAUGAUGAGUAUGUUCGGCCAAUAGACCGUGUUGUCGAUUUCCGAACAAAAAUUAGUGGCAUUAGACCUCGGGACUUAAAGAAAGCAAAGGAAUUCCAUGUUGUUCAGAAGAAAGUGGCAGAGUUUAUCAAGGGAAGAAUUCUUGUUGGCCAUGCCUUGCGCAAUGACCUUAAGGCAUUGCUAUUAAGCCAUCCAAAGAAGGAUAUGCGGGAUACCUCUGAAUAUCAACCAUUUCUGAAAGAAGGGCACAGCAGGGCACUUCGGCAUCUUGCAACAGAAUUUCUUUGUGUAAAGAUACAAAGUGGAGAGCAUUGCCCUGUAGAAGAUGCUCGUGCCGCAAUGCUGCUUUAUCAGAAAAACAGGAAAGAGUGGGAGAAAAGUGUCAAAGAUUUCGUUAGACUCAAGCAAAAGCAGAAGAAGCGUAAGCAGAGAAAGAAACCCAGAGAAGCUUUAGGUUUGGAUCAUAGUGCAACUGGAUCUUAAGACUUCAAUUGCCUGCUGGAAGGCACAGUAAUGCUUUAGAAGCAGCAACCCAACUAUGCUUAGGGCUUCAAUGGCACAUUCGAAUGGUUAAUAGUGAUCAAAGUAAGGAUCUCUUCACCAGAAUCAUGGGAUAAAAACAUGGCAAGCAACCUCUACUUUUGAGGGUGCUUUGUUUGAUUUAUUUACAGAAAAAAGAAAGAAUAUUUGUUUGAUUUAGUUAUAUUUCACUAGGAGUAGGAAUAGGAUUUGAAUUGAUGUGGUCUUGUUGGGUGGUUCCAACAUCAACUGUACUGGCUUUUAUACAUGGAAGUGAGUGUUUUUCAUUGUAUUAGCAUUUUA